AUGAGAAGAUGCGCCGUGUGGGGAUGGAUUGUUCCCUAUUUGCUUGAUGAAAAUGAAAACUUCCAUGCUUCCGGCGAGAAACCCCAACCCCGCCCGACGCUCGACUAUCCCACUCCUUGCUCGGGAUGUACAGAAUCUCCUCGUCCGGACGAGAUCAAGAAAGUCAUUGUCGGCGACUCGAAGGAGCUGAAGCCCAUUCAUGCAGUGAUUGGCGUCUCGCAGGGCGGGGCAUGUGCCCUGGCAUUUGGUGCCAGCUACCCCUUAUCGAGCGGAAGCCCGGACACCACCGUGCGCAAGACGAAAGCCAUCAUCGCAUGCGACACCUCCGCUCGAACACCGGCUGGUAAUAGAGAUGCGUGGAAAGAGAGGGUCGGACUUGUCCUCGGUGGAGCAGGAUUGGACGACACUCAGAGCGUCGGGCUGUCGCGUCUGGCCGAUGUCACGCUCCCUCGAUGGUUCCCCCCUGCCUCGCCACUCACACCCUCAAGGGCAGCGUUGGUGAGGAAGGUGGUCGAGGAGAUACCUGUUGAAGGGCUUUUUGAGGGCAAGGAGCUGAAGGUUUUGCUCGCCGCUGGGAGCUUGGAUGGGAACGGGAAGGUCGGGGAAGGGUUGAAGGGGCUGGCGGAUAAGUGGGGCCGGGCUUAAUACAAGGCUGUUGAAGGAUCAGGGCAUCUACCCAUGGUCGAUCGCCCGGAGGUGUGGUGUGAAGUGGUUGGUGGCUGGUUGGGUGGUCUCUAAUGGCGGCCAGUUGCAUCGAACUCUUCGAG